AGUGUGUGUGAGAGAGAGCGGAGAAAACAGGAGAGGGAGAGUCCAGAGCUGUGAGAGACAACCACACAGAACACAACAACAGAAGGGGGUCUCACCUUCUAAUUCAAACAUUUUGACACUCUUCUAGCCUUCUAAGGUGGUUAAGGUUUGAGUGUAUGAGAGGUGGUGUGGUAGACCCCGAGCAGACGGGGACACAGACAGCAUCUGGAGAAAUGGCUUCCAGUGGGACAGCAACUCUCCUGCCUCCAGUCAAGAGCGUGAUGGUCUACAGGAACGGUGACCCCUUCUACUCUGGCAGGAGGCUUGUGGUCAACCAUCGACAGGUGGCCACCAUGGAGGCAUUCCUCAAUGACGUGACCCACUGCAUCCAGGCUCCACUAGCCGUGAGGACCCUGUACACCCCCCGGCAGGGUCACCGGGUCAGGGAACUGCAGGACCUCCAGACCGGGGCCCAGUACGUGGCUGCAGGCUUUGAGAGGUUCAAGAAGCUGGAGUGAGUAGUAGUCUACCAGGCAGAAUGAUGAAUUCUCUAGAAAUGGUCUUAAUUCUACACCUGUAUGUUCAAUGGCAUUGGUUCAUUUAUUCAUGUUUACCAUAUAUGUCUACCAAGUCUACCAUGACGUGUGUAAAUGUCUAGAUAGAGUAGGUUACAUUAUUUUGUCAAAAUUAAUGUUUCCAAUGGGAUGUAUGCAUUGUGUGCCUAAUACACAUGAAGGCAGUAAACCAUUAUGCAAAUAUUUUAUACAGACAUGGGUUAAGCAUUCUACGUCUCGUUAACGUUGGUGAUGACAUGUGAACCCUUAACAUGUCUCUUGGUUUUCCCAUACAGUUAUUUGAACACAGGGCUGAAGAAGCAGCCUGUACACAGAGAAGGAGCUCAGGUAAGGUUCAAUUAUGGUUUUCUGUGUGUGGCGACUCUCUGUCGGGUCAGUGGUACAGUCCAUUACUCAUUAAUCAAUGCCUAACCCAUCUCGGACUCGCCACUGGAAUGCUCUGAGGGGGAUGGUCACAUUAUCACACAGCCACUCAAAUCAGGUGGAUCUGAACUGGUACCAAGACAAAUAUGAAAAUAAGCACCAUAAUAGAGAACAGGUUUUCUUUCACCGAGCGGUAUCACUAUUUGCAUAUUUAUUCGACCACACUUCAGAUUCAUUAUGUACAAGUUUGGUUUUGGAUGUGCUUUGCGUGUCACAAUACUGGACACUGUGGACAUCAAUCAUGAUAGACCAAAGUAAUAGCACAGGACAGAAUUUUGGAUACAUGUAAUCUGUAAUGGUCUUCUGCACCAACACACACUCACAGAGCUUGUAGACCACAAGUCAAUAACAGAUCAAUGUUCUGUGCUGUAUUCAAGCUGUCACCCAGUGUCUUAGGUAAUUGUUGGCCCAUUUCAAUAGCUCUCUCUUCAUCAUCGGAAACAUUCAUAUAUCAAAGGAGGAUAGAUCUUGUCUUGAUGAGGUAAUAUUAUGCAAAGGACUCUCGGACGUGGCACGGACGCUUGUCAAACAAGGCCAUUUCAAGCGCAGCAUCUCAAUAGCCAUUCGCACAAUGGAAAGUGCUUGCUUUGUAUUCAGUCCAAUUGGUUGGAUAGCUAGAUAUGAAUGUAUUUCAUUUUCAGCUGUGGAGCAUGUACUGCUUUGGAGCAAUAUCGUAAUCCUGAAAAAAUCAAUCUCCAUUAUCUGACUGGGACCAGAAAGGCCACCAUAGCUUGCCCAUCAGCAUUCUUUCUCUACACCACUGAGUUAAUAUGAAACAGUAGAAAGGCAAUUGUGUGACACUUGGGUUGGCACAGAUGUUGUUUUGCCACUGUGUUAUCAGGGCUAUGAACAUGCCUGGGCAGGCCUGAUACCCAGCCUACAGAUGUAGGAUCUUAGUUUGAGCCAGUUUGCAACAGCAGGAAAAUAAUCCUGCAACAACAGGAAAUGUGAAUUAGUAUGUGGAUUAUAAUUAAUGCCACUUUUUGUUGGGGUUGAUACAUUUUUCAUUAGGGCAAAUCAAGUCUGAAAUUUCAAAAUGGAAAUUACAAACUUUAGAAGCCUUUUAAAAACUAAAAUACACUACAAGUUUGCAUUUCCUGCUGUGCCGCAACAAAAUAUGAAUCAAAUUAAGAUCCUACAUGUGUACCCAGCCCCUCACUAGCAGCCCCAUACCUACCGCUCUGUUUAAAUACAACAACCAUGUUGCAUAGUACCACAUCAAAGUGGAAACAUUAUUAUCUGGCAGUGGCUGGGUUUUGUGUUAAGUAUUGAUUUAUUGUUAUAUUAUGUGGUCAGAAACAAUGAGUGAUAUUAACAGGGCUUGCCUCAAUAGCCUCUGGACUUAAUAGUAAGGUCAGUGUCAGUUUUGUGGACAAAAUGGCUAUAUUGUUUAGAUACUCAUUCAAGUGGGGCACUCAAUCUGUCUAUGUAGAUGUGUUAUUGGCCAGGAUGAUGAUGUGUGUUGCCAUGGACACUGCCUUCUGACUGAAGGGUGCAUGGCCAUAAGUGAUAACCGCUUAUUGUGAAAUGUCUGUGGGUGAAUGUUCUGUUCUGUAAUUAAUACAAUUGAUAUUUUACAUUUUAGUCAUUUAGCAGACGCUCUUAUCCAGAGCAUCUUACAGGAGCAAUUAGGGUUAAGUGCCUUGCUCAAGGGCACAUCGACUGAUUUUUCACCUAGUCGUCUCGAGAUUUGAACCAACGACCUUUCAGUUACUGGCCCAACGUUCUUAACUGCUAGGCUACCUGGUGGUAAAUUAUAUCAAAUGGGAUAGUUGCUAUAUUAAUAAUUGUUUAUCAAAUUGUAUUAUUUGGCAUUCACUACUCGGAGGAGGUUGUAUUUCUGCGUUUUCUUUUUUUCUGACUCACAAAUCUAUCUAGAACUACAGUGCUGUAGUUUAUUUGUAAUGUAUUCUGUUGUCUUUUUGUCCUAGGCAAUAUUACUCCACAGACCGAAUGUGUCAGCAAAAUGGAGAAAGUAUAUUCCUCUACCCUGUAUCAUAAAGUGAGUUUCCCUAUUAAACCUGCUCACCCAUUCAUAAUCUCAAAUAGUACACACAUUACAUAAAGAAACAUACAACUUAUUUGUGUGUGUUCCUCUACAGUGUUUUCCGCAACGGAGAUCUCCUCUGCUUGCCAUUCCGGUUCAUCAUUCCCAGGACCUGGCAGCACGACCUGGAUCAGAUCCUCGGUCUAGUCACAGAGAAAGCCAAUUUACGCACUGGAGCCGUGCGCAGGUCAGACACAUGCACACACCACACGUACUCAUACAGGCACCCAUACACACAAGCAUAGAAACGCAUCACAUAGGACUACACAGCUGUCACACCCUCACAGCAUGUUUGACCUGUUACAGGUAAUGGCAGUCUAAUGACCUAAUGGUACACAGAUGACAGUCUCUCCAGGGCCGGUUCCAGGCAUAAGCAACAGAAUAGUAGAAUACACAAGUUGGAAUUUCAAAAAUUGGUUUUCUCUUGUUAUGUCAGUCACUGACCGUCAGUUAAUUAGCCAUGUCAGCUAACAAUUAGCCAUGUCAGAUAAGUAAAUCUUUUUUUUCUGACCCAUGGCAAAUGAGAAGAAUUGCAUGAAAUGUGUUAUAAAAUUGCUAAACUUCUCUCCGCCCGAUGGCAAAAUGUGUAGAAUUGCAGAAAUUAAAACUGCAACAUUUCUCUACUCCAAAUGGCAAAAUGUGUAGAAUUGCAGGAAAUUUUGUUUACAAUCGUAAAUGUUUCUCUCCGUCAUCAAGAGGGGGGCCACUAAAAUGUUUUGCCUGCAAGGUGGGGGUGGCCCCCAACCAAAUCUCACUUAGGGCCCCCAAAAUGCUUGGGACAGCCCUGAGUCUCUCUGACCCCAUUAGUGACCCCUGACCCUUGAACUUGCGACCUCUCAGGUUGUGCACUCUAGAGGGUGUGACCGUGUCCAGUGCAGAUGAGCUGGAGAGUGGACAGUACUACGUGGCUGUGGGAGCGGAGAGGUUCAAGAAGCUUCCCUACGUGGAGAUGUUGGUUCCUAAAGCCUCUGAGAGGUAUGGAUGGAAUUAUCAUUAACAGAAAUUGUUAGAGAAUCUGACAAUAGAACAGCUUUUAGACAGACAAGACUAAAUCAACCAAUUUCCUCUCUGGAUUAUUGAAGUGUGUGUAUUCUAUUCUAAAUAAAAGAAAAUAUUGAAUUCUAUUUUAUAUGAGUUUCACUUUUGCAUUAAUUUCCAGAAAUUACCCUGGAAUUAGAAGGUUGUCAAGGAGAUAUGGGGUAAUCUACUUUCUGCUUAAUAUCUACUGUCUAAUAUUUUAUAUUUAUUUUAGUCUGUAGGACAAUUGAGCGUGGUAAUAAAGGUAAUAAUAUAAUAUAAUAUGCCAUUUAGCAGACGCUUUUAUCCAAAGCGACUUACAGUCAUGUGUGCAUACAUUUUUACAUAUGGGUGGUCCCAGGGAUCGAACCCACUACCCUGGUGUUACAAGCGCCAUGCUCUACCAAUUGAGCUACAGAGGACCACACCCUGUCUCCCUUUGUCUUGUUCAGGGCAGGAAGGCAGCCAGUGGCCCUGAGGACAGAUACAGUGACUCUGCUCUCCUGGACUCUCCAGAGGUACUGUCGAAACACUGUAGCGAAAAUGUAGCGGAAAUUAGUCCAGGUAGUCCCGCCCUGUUUCAGUCUGUUUUCUUCCAUUUGGUGCCUAAUGAACACGACCCUGAUGUUGUGGUCCCAGUCAGACGGACGGAGGGUGAAGUCAACGGGGGACGAAGUGGGGGAGACGGCACUCCCAGCCAUCCAAAGGAGACCAAGGAAGGAGGUGAGCUCUAUAUUCUACGCCAGACCAGUGAAGGUUCGAGUGAGGAACAGAGCCCAACCUAGGCCUCCGCCAAGGAGUGGACCAGGUAAGAGCACAGACACACACACACUAAAAUUACCUGGGGGCCAGUGUCAGUCAUGCUGUUCUCACGGAGGGCCUGAUUUGAAUAAGAAUUUGAUAUCAGAAGGGGAACCACAAGAAAGCAGCUUGUGGGCAUGAUGUGGCCCCUGGGCCGCAUGUAUGAGACCCCUGGCAUAGUGUGAAAUAUUGUAUUCAUGAUUGUGUCUAUACAAAUUUACGAUGAUUGAUCGUUCAUGUCUUUUUGUGUCUCUCUGUGUGUGUGUGUGUGUGUGUGUGUGUGUUUGUGUGCAUUGCAGUCCAGGCCAGUGUGUUCAAAGGAUGUGUACGGAGGAGGAGAGAGGAGGUGCAGGGGGCUGAGGAGGUGCUGGAGGAUGAGAACACAGCAGUCGAUCUCCCUGUUGACCAGGUACACCUUUUUCCUCUCCUCUACUCGAUUGUCCUACUUACCCAAAGUCCUCCAUUCCAGGACAGCAACCACCCCCUCCACUCACCCCCUCCAGUUCCAACUUCUACCCUCAGGUUCCAGAUAGAAACCAGACUAAAAAGCAACUGAUACAAGCACUCCUUUGUACCCACUGGCUAAAACAUGUUAAACACUUGGCCCCGGUAGGGAUAGGGAAUUCAAUGGUCCAGUACCCCCUAUCUGAUUUUCACAUGCACUCUAUUGCCUGAAAAAAACAAUCUAUGUACUAUGUGUGUUUUUUAAACUGUUACCCCUGCCUGCAACUACAUUUCCCUCUGGGGACAAGUUUGAACUGUUCUUUCUUCCCUGGUCCUUAAGCAGUGCAAUAGGACCAUGUUUCACUUAUCUCCGUGAAAUAACGUAUGAACAAAAAUAUAAACGCAACAUGUAAAGUGUUGGUCCCAUGUUUUAUGAGCUGAAAUAAAAGAUUAAAAGAUUUUCCAUAUGCACAAUAAGCUUAUUUCUCUCAAAUGUUGUGCACAAAUUUGUUUACAUCCCUGUUAGUGAGCAUUUCUCCUUUGCCAAGAUAAUCCAUCCACCUGACAGGUGUGGCAUAUCAAGAAGCUGAUUAAAUAGCAUGAUCAUUACACAGGUGAACCUUGUGCUGGGGACAAUAAAAGGCCACUCUAAAAUGUGCAGUUUUGUCACACAACACAAUGCCACAGAUGUCUCAAGUUUUGAGGGAGUGUGCACUUGGCAUGCUGACUGCAGGAAUGUCCACCAGAGCUGUUGCCAGAGAAUUGAAUGUUCAUUUCUCUACCAUAAGCCGCCUCGAACGUAGUUUUAGAGAAUUUGACAGUACGUCCAACCGGCCUAACAACCGCAAACCACAUGUAUGGCGUGGUUUGGGCUAGCGGUUUUUUGAUGUCAACAUUGUGAACAGAGUGCCCCAUGGUAGCGGUGGGGUUAUGGUAUGGGCAGGCAUAAGCUAUGGACAACAAACACAAUUGCAUUUGAUCAAUGGCAAUUUGAAUACACAGAGAUACCGUGAUGAGAUCCUGAGACCCAUUGUCGUGUCAUUCAUCCACCUCCAUCACCUCAUGUUUCAGCAUGAUAAUGCAUGGCACGGCCCCAUGUCGCAAAGAUCUGUACACAAUUCCUGGAAGCUGAAAAUGUCCCAGUUCUUCCAUGGCCUGCAUACUCACCAGAAAUGUCACCCAUUGAGCAUGUUUGGGAUGCUCUGGAUCGACGUGUACGACAGCGUUUUCCAGUUCCUGCCAAUAUCCAGCAACUUCGUACAGCCAUUGUAGAGGAGUUGGACAACAUUCCACAGGCCACAAUCAACAGCCUGAUCAACUAUGCAAAGGAGAUGUUUCGUAAUGCAUGAGGCAAAUGGUGGUCACACCAGAUAGUGACUGGGUGUUCUGAUCCUUGCCCCUUUUUUUUUUUAAAGGUAUCUGUGACCAACAGAUGCAAAUACUGUAUGUAUUCCCAGUCAUGUGAAAUCCAUAGACUAGGGCCUAAUUAAUUUAUUUCAAUUGACAGAUUUCUUUAUAUAAACUGUAACUCAGUAAAAUUGUAGAAAUGUUUUCAUGUUGCAUUUAUAUUUUUGUUCAGUAUAUGUAAGGUUUGUUGGUCUGGUUUAUAGUUUAGCAAACUGGAAUAUGUGUUGUUGUGUCUAUCUUUUAGAGAGUGGCAGAGAGAGUGGAGGAUGAGGGCCUAAUUGGCAGAGAUCCUCCUCAUUCCAACAGCAGAGAUCAGGUGUGUUUCUGUCUGGGAUCACUUUAUUCCUUGAGUAACAUGAGGUUUUAUCCCAGUGAACACAAGAUGUUCAAAUGACUUCUCUUCAAUGUUUUUUUGAACCAAAAAUAUGUAUUUUCAACGUCUUGUGCUCAUAGGGAUUAAAGUAACAGUCUUUGUUAAAUGCAUGUUUAUUCACGCCCGGUUGUAUGGUUGUUAUUAGUGUGAAAGGAUUGAGACUACAAGAGGUUCUUUGUAUUUUUCUCCUCUAGAUUUUGACCAAGGCUACAGUGGGUAAGAAGUUCUGUGAAAAAGAUCCCCCUCCCCCCCCAAAAGACCCAGACAAGGUGUGUCUGGUCGAUGAACAUCACUCAUGAUUUGGCAAAUCAUUCUCAACAUUGCUACACUACUGAGAGAUGCUGUUAGAUGAUAGAACCACUCAAACAAUUGUGAUUGUCUUCCUAUCACAAAGGUGGAAACAUCGACUGAGCAAGACAGGAACUCACCUGCAAAUGCCAGCUCUUCAAUCUGCAAAGAGGAUGCUGUCAAUGGGACCCCUAAGCCUGACACAAAAGCACCACAGGUAGAGAAAGAUUUCAUUCAUUAUGUAAAGUGCAAUUAAGAAAAUAGAACAUAGAGUACCUUUUGUUACUUUAGGGCUCACCUUGCAAGUCUGUCUGUAGGUAGAUAAUCAAUCAAUCAACCCUUAAACGUCAUCAACAGUGAUGAGCGUGUGAGAAAGAGGGAUAUACUAAUUCACUCUGAAUGAGUAUAGAAGAUAAUGGAUACAUUAAUGCUUAAUGUUUUUACAGAGAAAGGUAGAGACUGUGGAAAAUGAGGUGUUGGUUGAGCCAGAUCACACAGACGACAGUGAUCAGGUGUGUGUGUGUGUGUGUGUGUGUGUGUGUGUGUGUGUGUGUGUGUGUGUGUGUGUGUGUGUGUGUGUAUAUACACUACCAGUCAAAAGUUUGGACACACCUACUCAUUCCAGGGUUUUUCUUUAUUUUUACAAUUAUUUACGUUGUAGAAUAAUAGUGAAGACAUCAAAACUAUGAAAUAACACAUGGAAUCAUGUAGUAAACAUUUUUUUUUUAAAACAAAUCAAAAUAUAUUUUAAAUUUCAGAUUCUUCAAAUAGCCACCCUUUGCCUUGAUGACAGCUUUGCACACUCUUGGCAAUCUCUCAACCAGCUUCACCUGGAAUGCUUUUCCAACAGUCUUGAAGGAGUUCCCACAUAUGCUGAGCACUGCGGUCCAACUCAUCCCAAACCAUCUCAAUUGGGUUGAGGUCGGGGGAUUGUGGAGGCCAGGUCAUCUGAUGCAGCACUCCAUCACUCUCCUUCUUGGUAAAAUAGCCCUUACACAGCCUGGAUGUGUGUUGGGUCACUGUCCUGUUGAAAAACAAAUGAUAGUCCCACUAAGCCCAAACCAGAUGGGAUGGCAUAUCGCUGUAAAAUGCUGUGGUAGCUAUGCUGGUUAAGCGUGCCUUGAAUUCUAAAUAAAUCACAGACAGUGUCACCAGCAAAGCACCCCCACACCAUAACACCUCCUCCUCCAUGCUUUACAGUGGGAAAUACACAUGCGGAGAUCAUCCGUUCACCCACACAGCGUCUCACAAAGACACAGCGGUUGGAACCAAAAAUCUCCAAUUUGGACUCCAGACCAAAGGACAAAUUUCCACCGGUCUAAUGUCCAUUGCUCGAGUUUCUUGGCCCAAGCAGGUCUCUUCUUCUUACUGGUGUUCUUUAGUAGUGGUUUCUUUGCAUCAAUUCGACCAUGAAGGCCUGAUUCACACAGUCCCCUCUGAAAAGUUGAUGUUGAGAUGUGUCUGUUACUUGAACUCUAUUAAGCAUAUUAAGCACUAUUAAGCAUUUAUUUGGGCUGCAAUUUCUGAAGCUGGUUGAGAGAAUGUGUAGCGUGUGCAAGGCUGUCAUCAAGGCAAAGGGUGGCAAUUUGAAGAAUCUCAAAUCUCAAAUAUAUUCUGAUUUGUUUAACACUUUUUUGGUUACUACAUGAUUCCAUAUGUGUUACUUCAUAGUUUUGAUGCCUUCACUAUUAUUCUACAAUGUAAAAAUAAAGAAAAACCCUGGAAUGAGUAGGUGUGUCCAAACUUUUGACGGGUAUUGUACAGUAUAUGUGUUCUUGUGUGAUAUACUCAUUCACUGAUAUACUCCUAGACUAUCACACUGAAGAUGUUGGAUACAUUAAAGCUGGAAUCCGUAGUGGUGACGCCACAUCCAUUUUCUAUAUUACAACAACAAAUACUUUUUUCCCUCGGACGUCAUUGCAAGCGCGAUAGAACAGCAGAGAAUGUACUACAAUUGUAUUUUACCACACUUACCGCUCCUCUACUUCAAAAACAAUAACAAAUGCAACUGGGGCGACCAGUGGCGCUGUUUCACCUUAUGCGGAUCUCAGUUUUAAUAAGGCUAAAUGUUUUUCAUGGUAAACAUGUUUUUCCUCUAACAAAAGGCAAACACAUCCCUGGAGAAUGAGAUGCAUUCAACCGCAGAGCCAAACACAUCUGUCUACAAAGACAAAGACGCUGCCUUAGAGAGUUGUGUGUCUGCUACUGAAGCACCAAAGGUACAGACACACACAGAUAGACACAGACAUACACACUUGUUAUUCAGUACAUAAAUACGUAGAAAAACACACUCAAUCACUAGAAAUGAAUUCUGUCUGUACACUCACCCACUCACCCCUAUUCAAGGAGCCAGUGACGGAGCCAAAGCUGGCCACUCGACACUCAAGGGCUUCUUCUUCAUCAUCGUCCUCCGCAUCUCAGAGUUUUCGGAAAAGCAGGGGGAUCCAAGGAGACAGGGAAAGUCUUCGAUCAGGCUCGAUUUGA